GGAGGGGGCGAAGGGGGAGAAGCGACACGGAACAUAGAGUAACAGGGUGCAGGUAAGAGAAGGGGAUCAACGAUGGCAGAGUCGCACAACAGUAGUAAUUGGUCGGCCGUUGCGAAGGGGCCAUACCAGCGCACCGAAACGGGUAAUGGUGCCAGGGACGGAAAACCGUUGUUGCCAUCGAGGAGCCAGAGGUCAGCACAGAGCUGGCAGGACAUGUUAUCAGACCCAUGGUGCGCGAAAAUGUACGAUUUACUGACUGAGGGUGCAGCAGAGUGGCUCCAGUCCUGCGGGGAACAGUCUUUCUGUUGUAUGGGAAAACGGAAAGCAGGGGACAAGACAAGAGUGAGAGAUGAGCAGACCGACAUCACUGACGUGGUCGAAUUGUUCCCUUUUACAUGGAAAUCUCCGCAACACGCCAUACCCGUAUCAAAAUCCGACAUUGAACGGUUGUCGGAAGACGGAUGGCUGAACGACAAUAUUAUUGACAUUUAUUUGCAGUCUGUGUAUGAAGAGGUUGGGCGGGGCCAGGACAGGUCUUUGAAAGCCGCGGGAAAGAAGGACAAGUGCCGGAAGAAAUCGAGGGCCGAAAAGAAGCAGUCGAAAGAGCAUUGCAGAAGCGGCGCCGGCCCCUCUACGAAAACGGAGCACAAGCGCACCCGCAAAUCCGGAUCGAAAGUUACAGUCCCUUCGAGUGCACGGGAGAUUUCAACGCUGAAAGAACGUAACGAGUCGCCCCCCUCGACCCCCGUCCGGGGAAAGCGCGGAAGCGGCGCCGAGAACCGUCCGCCAAGGGUCCCGGAAAAAAGAUCGCGGGAUGAUAGAAGCGCGACUACGCACCGCAGAACAAAGAAGAGAAUAUCCUACAAAGACGACAGAACAAUGGAGACAAUCGAUAUUAGAGGGUCUGACGACAGGCACAGUGGACCCCAAGUGGAAGAAGAGGAGGAACACGACCGUUCUGCGCCAGAGAAGUCAGAUGGUGCGGAGGACGAGGAGCCAGGAAACGAGGGAGACGACAACGAUUCUUCCCRCAGACAAUCGCAAGACACCGAUGAGGACGACGACAGCGACGGCAAGUCGGCCAGCGAGAGAACCGGCGAAGACCAGAGCGCCGCUUCGGAAAGAGGUGGUUCGUCAUUUCCUUCGAGGACGCUGCGCAGAGAAGGAGAAUGGCAGGCACGCAAUGGCAGCGACACUGAGGAGCGUGUCGGUGACAGACAAAUCGUACAGCACGUCAGCGCCGCCGGAAAAGGUAAAAAACCCCUCGUCGCACUGACUCCCCUCCCACUCCGAUCACAUAAUCCCGUGCCCCCACGCGGUGCACGCCUUUACGCACGGAGAAGUGUCAUUGUAAACGCACAGCUGAUAGUCGAAUCUUCAAUUUUGCAAGUGCUGUAUUCAAAACAAGGCGCUGAGUUGUUAACACUCUCCUGUGCGUUGUGUCUUCUGUUUCCCACCGAUCGCAACGUCACGAACGAAAGUGCUUGCAAGCGGCGGAGCCGUGCAAGGACCGAAGGACGAGGGCGCCGCAUUCGCGAAGAAAAUGAAGGGCAAACUGUUGCGUUCCGUUGCCAAAGCCUUUGCGUUCUCUGCGGCAAACGACGCAACUCUGUACCCGACAGAGGACGCGUUUUUCGCGGCGGUGCAAGCGACGGCGAAACUGGCAGGGGAGACAGCAGAGGAAGGGCUGCGGUCUCACAUAGCAGAAUGCGGGAUUCGAGCUGUCAUAGGGGAAUUCCGCUCGUCGGAUCGCAGCAAAUGGACCACCACCUCCUCGCUCGCAACAAGAUGCGCACCGAGAUGAAGGAGAACAAGACGUGGAGACGGAGCGGCGACGAUCCGUGGGGCGCCCCCGCCUUCAGACGACACUCUUAAAAGUUUUUCAGAUGAGGAAGGAAGGCUGGAACCUGGGCGUCACCAUGCAGCAACUGGCUUUUGCGG